AUGUCCUCCUCCCAAGAAAUUCUGAAUCUGACUAAAGCCUCACUUUAUGUCAAGUGGACGGGCUGUGCUGCGUCGGUUCUGCUCAUCUAUGAUUACCUGAUUUCCUUCGGCGACGAGUUCCUUAUCUCUGAGCAAAAUUCUUUACAUUAUUGUAAGAAAUUUCCACCUCCCGUGAUUGAGAACGCUGAAGUGAAGUCUUCACCUACUCAGAUUCGCUAUGGUGGCAUAGCCCAAUCAGUGAUGAAGCUGCUGACGAUCUCCGGAUUGACCAGUCAAUGGUCUGACGGUUCCAUUUUGCUGCAGUUUGUCGAGGCGUUUGUAGUCCUUCUCGCAGCUCAAGCCGUAGUUGGACUGCGAGUGUGGUAUCUCUUCCCCAGGAACAAAGCCGUACAGGCAUUCUCCGUCGCUACAUACACAGGAUGUGCUGUUGCAACCACAAUCGUGGCUAGGCAGCAAUACCACUUCAUUCUCAUUGAAAUAUCAAACCCCGAGUUAACACAGAGCCCUCGAUCGUUGUGGACCAUUUACAUGCCGUCUCUUGUUGUUCAUACCGUCUUCUUCUUUCUGAAGAUCGUCAGACUAUUUGUUGCAUCGGAGCCUGUCCGUCAAACUUUCCUGUCGCUUUUCUUCAAGGAUUGGAAUAUAUGGUCGCAAUGGGAAGCAAUGCUGUCUGUCUGUCGAGCAAUGCUUCACCUUCGUUCGCUCGCGGACACAUGGCAUGUUGAACAAUCCUGGCUUCUGAACCAUGCCGAGCUGAGCCGUGUUAUGGGAAUUGCAGAAAAGCAGGGGAGAGAGAUCCGUGUGGAUUUGGAUGCAUAA